AUGAGCUCUUUCAAACGCGACAAGAAAGAGGAAGAAGAUUCCGGUGGUAAUCCCUACCAGAAUCUGGACAAAACAAUCGUCUUACAAGAAUCGCGUUAUUUCAAUCAGACGCCCGUGAAUCCGCGAAAAUGUUGUCUAAUACUUACAAAAGUGUUGUAUUUAUUGAAUCAAGGCGAGAAGUUUACUACUCAAGAGGCAACGGAAGCGUUUUUCGCGACCACAAAGCUGUUUCAGUCGAAAGAUGUUAUGCUUCGCCGUAUGGUGUACUUGUGUAUCAAAGAGCUGAGUAACUUAGCCCAGGAUGUGAUCAUCGUGACAUCUUCAUUGACUAAAGACAUGACUGGAAAGGAAGAUCUGUACAGGGCAGCCGCUAUACGCGCUUUGUGCAGUAUAACCGACUCUACCAUGCUUCAAGCUAUAGAAAGAUAUAUGAAACAGGCGAUAGUUGAUAAGAACCCAGCAGUAAGUUCCGCUGCGUUGGUCUCCGCGCUGCACUUGUCGUCGACUGCUCCUGAUUUAGUGCGACGGUGGGCUAACGAGGCUCAGGAAGCCAUAACAUCCGACAACGCCAUGGUAUCGUACCACGCUCUGGGGGUCGUCGCCGGCUCGCGUCGCAACGACAAGCUUUCCACAGUGAAGCUUGUAACGCGCCUCGCCAAAACAAACAUUAAGUCUCCGUACGCACUGUGCCUUCUCAUCCGCCUCGCCGCGCAACUGGUUGAAGACGAUGAUUCAGAAGCUUCCCAACCCUACAUCGAGUUCAUAGAAUGCUGUCUCCGUCAUAAAUCAGAGAUGGUUAUCUACGAGGCGGCCCAUGCGUUGGUCAAUCUUAGAAAGACCGCAAGAGACCUCGCACCAGCUGUAUCAGUACUGCAACUGUUCUGCGGGUCUUCCAAGGCAUCGCUUAGGCUUGCCGGAGCCCGAACCCUGGCUAGGUUGACAGCAAAACAUCCUACAGCUGUCGCGGCAUGCGCUGUCGAUUUGGAAAAUUUGAUUUCCGAUUCCAAUCGAUCAGUCGCAACUCUAGCAGUCACCACUCUAUUAGCGACUGGAGCAGAGAGUUCAGUAGAUCGUCUCAUGAAGCAGAUAUCCAGUUUCGUGUCUGAAAUUUCGGAUGAAUUCAAAAUUGUGGUGGUUAGAGCGAUCAGGAGAUUGUGCACGAAGUUCCCGAGGAAGCAUCAGUCCCUGGCCGCUUUCUUGGCCGGCAUGUUGAGAGAUGAAGGUGGUUUAGAAUACAAAGCAGCCAUCGCUGAUGCUAUAAUAGCUUUGGUAGAAGAAAACCCUGAUGCAAAAGAGACAGGAUUGGCUCAUCUGUGCGAAUUCAUUGAAGAUUGUGAGCACACAGCUUUGGCCGUUCGUAUUUUACAUCUGCUUGGCCGUGAGGGCCCUAAAUCUCGCCAACCGUCACGCUACAUACGAUUCAUAUACAACCGUGUUAUUUUAGAAUCAGGACCGGUUCGCGCCGCAGCAGUGUCCGCUGUAGCCCAAUUUGGUGCACAAAGACCAGAGCUGCUGCCCAACAUUAGGGUGCUUCUUGCCAGAUGUCAACUCGAUGACGAAGAUGAAGUCAGGGACCGUGCAAUAUACUACAGCGCCAUUUUGGACACAGGAGAUCAGCAGUUAAUCAAUGAUUAUAUUGUUGAUGUACCAAAACCAAACCCAGUUUUAUUGGAGAAAGCGCUGCGUGACCACCUGGCGACGCGACCUGACGAACCAUUUGAUCUGAUGAGUGUUCCUUCUGAGGAAGAACUGAAAGAAAGUAAGGAGCCAAUUGUGGAGAUCGAAGUUCGCAAACCGGUGCAAAUGUCCAUUGAAGAGAUAUACACUGAACAACUAUCCAAGAUACCUGGCAUAGAAAGACUUGGCUCCCUGUUCAAGACCAACGUACCUAUCGAUUUGACUGAAGCGGAGACAGAGUACAGGGUCCGUCUUCUUAAGCAUGUAUAUGCCCGUCACGUGGUGCUGCAGUUUGAGUGUGUCAACACGCUAAGUGAUCAGAUUUUAGAGCAAGUUCACGUGAGAUUGGAAUGUCCGCCAGAAUACGAAAUAAAGUCCAUUGUACCCUGCCAAAAGCUGGUUUAUGACAAGCCUGGAAGUGUUUUCGUGGUUAUAGAAUACCCUUGCGCAUUCUUAGACAGUCUGGGUUCUUUCGGAGCAACAUUGGAGUUCGUAGUCAAGGAUUGCGACCCCACCACUGGCGCCCCUGACCCGGGCGAGGGUUACGCAGAUUCUUACCCUCUCGAAGAGUUUGAAAUGGGUUGUUCAGAUCAGAUUAGGGCUAGGGCGGGCGUUGAGGACUGGGAGCAAACUUGGGACAGAGCAGCCAAUGCACCAGAGGCGAGUGAUACAUUCGUCCUCCCGCAAAACGAUAUGGGAGAAGCAGCGAAGGCAGUUUGCGAGCACCUCGGUCUUCCCAAGGGAGCUAUCACAGGCGAGGCGGUAAAGGAAAUCCGUGGCGGUGGCAUCUUCAGAGGAGGAGCCCCAGUUUUGGUCAGAGCCAGGCUAGCUGCAAGCAGUGGUGGAGUGACUAUGAAGUUAGCGGCCAGGUCGCCUAGAGAGGACGUCGCACAGUUGCUUCUAGCAGCUGUUGGUUAAAAUGAGGCAUUAAAUGUAUUAUUUUUAGUCUUGAGACCGAUGGCUAGGAGAAUCAGCUAUUUAAAAUAGAAAGAUUUAUAUGACUUCUGCUGUUCUGAAUAGUAAUAUAGUGCCAAUAUUGAAAUAUAAAUAUGUAAUAUUAUCAAAAUAAACAUUACAUUAAAGAAAUA